GACUAGAGAUUUGGGAUUUUCUCGGCUAGGUCGUCUCUGAGUCUGAGCUCGAGUUCGAGGAUACCGCCCAGUCGCCCACUAGGUCUCUGCCUCGACUCCGUCGCCGGACACCGCUCACCAGGUCUCUCCCUCGACUCCGUCGCCGGACACGGCUCACUAGGUCUCUGCCUCGACUGCGUCGGUCGCCGGGACUCCGCUUGAGAGUUUGAAGCUCCUUCGUAAGAGAGGCUUUGGAAGGUCAUUCUGCUUUCCUGCUACAUUUGAUCCUACUCCCACCAUGUGAUGGAAGAACUCGAGUUUUUCAUUAUCCUACUCCCAAAUUUCUGGAAGAAAUUGAGGCUGCCAGACAAGUUCACCAAUGUACUCAACGGCCGUGAGCCUCGUGAAGUGAAGCUGCGGGAGGCCGGUUGCCGACGGCCCUUGUGGGACGUGGAAAUAGUGUCCGAUGCUGAUGGCCACAUGUACCUGGGGCACGGAUGGGAGCAGUUCGCCCACGCUCAUGACAUGCGGCUCGGUCAGUUCCUGGUCUUAAACUACGAUGGCCACACCGUGCUCACCGUGAAGGUGUUUGACGGGAGCAUGUGCCGCAGGCACUACCAACACGGCAACGAUGCCAGCAGCGGGAGCAGCAGCGACCAUGGAAACACCUUCGGGGAAGGGGAAGCGCCACCGCGCACAGGGGCAAAGGAAGACGACGGGGCGCAGAGGAUAUCCCAGAUGAGUAAUCCGUGCGAUUCAGAUGGAAGCCAGAAGGAAAGAUCUUUUUCUUCCGAUGAAGCGUCAGCAGAAGAUUCUGUGGACUCAGCUAAUUUACAAAUGCUUUCAAAUAACUAUGUCGUAUCAGUGCAAUGCUAUCUUACAAAAGCACAGAAGGUGAAAAUAGCUGCGAUCAUAGAGAAAAUUCAAUCAAAAAUCACAGUGCUAGUUGUACAGAUGAAGAAGUCAAACGUAAAACGGCAUGCUAAUCUGGUAAUCCGGAAGGAUUAUGCACUCGAGCACUUUCCACGUGAAUAUACAAUUGUCAUACUCCAGCUGCCUGGGAAGAACAAGGAUUGGAAAGGCACAUUCCGCAUUAGACCAUCCGGCAUGUCUGAUGCAGGUCGAUGCAACCUCUAUUUGGGAAACUUUGCCCGUGACAAUCAUGUUAGAGAGGGUGAUAUCUGCCUCUUUCAACCAAUGACAAAUGUUAAGCAGAGAAGAUUCCUAGUGAAAGUGCAUAUUCUUCACAAAGUGAGCAUUGAUGGCACUACUCAGUCGUCAGCACGCAAAAGACCAGAUUCAGAUGGAUGCCUGAAGGAAGACUCGUCCCAUAAUUAUAAAUCAGCAAAUACUCCUGCAGUAUCUUAUACUUCUAAGGAAUUUUCAGAAGAAAAUCCAGCUGCAGAUGAGGUUAUGGAGUUGGAUGAUCUUCAGACGCUCUCGAAGGAUUAUGUCUUAUCAGGAAAAUGUGAUCUUACAGUAGCACAGGGGGCAAAAAUAAAUGCACUUGUCGACAAAAUUCGACCUCAAAUCCCCGUUCUUGUUGUACAGAUGAAGAAAAGCAGCAGCACAAACGGGGCUAUUCUGACCAUAAAGAAGGAUUAUGCAAUCAAAUACUUUCCAUGUGAAGAUGCAACUAUCAUACUCCAGCUGCCUAGGAAGGACAAGAAUUGGAAGUGCAAAUUUCAUAUCAGGGCAUCUGGCAUGUGUAAUGCAGGCCGGCGCACCCUUUAUUUAGGAAGGUUUGUGCAUGACACUCAUAUUAGGGUGGGUGAUAUCUGUCUCUUUCAACCAAUGACAAAUGUUAAGCAGAGAAGAUUCAUAGUGACAGUUCAUCUCCUUCACAAAGAGAGCAUUGCUCAUUCUCUUGGUGGAAGGACUGACAUUGGCUCAAAUCACGGAAGUACAAGUACCAAGAUGGGCGCUGUUAAGGAGGAACCACCUACCGAUGGUGAAGAGUACUCUUCAGAACAUGAAGUCUCCGAGAAUUUUGAGGGCGCUUCUGAGUGUCUCUUCAUCUUGGUUGACAGAGCUUCUCUAACACCGGCACAGGAGAUGAAAUGUCUGGAGAAAGUUGAGGAGAUCAAGUUCAAACCGCCCUUUUAUGUUGCUAUCAUGAGCAAGAGCACUGUGUUUCAUUGUGGCAGCCAACGCUUUCCCAGGCUACACUUUGGCUCUCAGUAUGCGUCCAGAUAUCUUGUUCAGAAGUUUGCUCCUGGCCUUCAUCAUGGAGAAUAUAGUCCAAUCAGUUUGGUGCUUCAGCGGGAGGGGAAGAGCAGAUCAUGGCCUACUAAGCUGCAAUAUAAACAUCGCACGGGAGACAUGAGCUACCAGAUGACGGUCCUCCAAUGGGCGUCUUUCGCCCGCGACAACCAACUGCUGGAGGGGGACAUCUGUCUCUUUAAGCUGAUGGAUAACGAGGAGCUGCUGAGGAUGAUGGUCUAUAUCGUCCGCCGCUAGAAAUAUUAAGAGUGAAGCAUGUCUUAUAUGCCGCUGCCACGAUGAUCUUGAACUCGGCUAGUGGAAAACUAGUGGCUUACAUCCAAACAAGGGGCUCUGUACGUACAACAAGAAACUUAUCUGCUUAUCUAUAUCAUUGGACGUUAUCUUAGUGUUUUCUUACUUCUCCCAGAACUUUCUGUUAAUCAGAGAGCAAUUUGGAUGGUUCAAGUUUGAACAACUUAUUAUGCGUUGCCAAGGUUGCUUUGACUGAACCUAUUUAUGGGAUUUGUUGUGACAAAUGUUAGCCUUGCAUGCUGCUGCUAUGCUACGCUGAUCUUGAACUCUCGGAGGGAAAAAUAUGUGGCUUAUCUCUAGACGAGGGAGUCAUUGAGCAAGAAUAUUGGUGGUUUCCUAGUUCUAUGGGAUAAGUGAUAACUAUGUAACUGAGAGUGAUUUGGAUGGAUCAGUUUGAACAACCUCUGAUGUGUAGCUGUCUGUUGAUGUUUGAAGGCACUGUUUUUUGCA